GUUCCGGCGCCUGCUGUCACAGAAGCGGCACCGUCGCAGCGUGGAACACAGAGGUGCUCAGACAUGGCAACAGGAAGCACAGAAACAGCUCUCCAGGCAGUAUGUCAAGGAAACCAAAAAUUUACUUUCAGUAUUUACAAGAUUCUUUCAGAAGUGGAAGGGAACCUGUUCUUUUCUCCAGCAAGCAUGCAAGUAAUUUUAGCUCUUGUACAUCUUGGUGCAAAGGGCAAGACUGCUCAGGAGAUUGCAAAUGGACUGAAUCUUCCAUCUGAUAAGAAGACCAUUGAGGAUGGCUUUAGAGAGUUAAUGAAUCAGUUAAAGGGAUCUGAUGACACAGUGCUUGAAGCAGCCAACAAGGUUUAUGCACAAGUGAGUUUUCCAAUUAAAGAAGAAUUCAGAGCAUCUGCUGCAAAAUUUCUAGCUGAAGCUGAGGAAGUUGAUUUUAUCAAAGAAACAGAGAAAUCAAGAGCUAUAAUCAAUGAAUGGGUGGAGAACAAGACAAAUAAGAAGAUAACGAAUUUAAUGCCUGAAGGUACUUUGGAUGAGUAUACUCGGCUAGUUCUUGUAAAUGCUAUUUACUUCAAAGGCCUGUGGAAUAUUCCAUUCAAGAAAGAAGUCACAUCCCCCAUGCCAUUCCAUGUUACUGCAACAGAGAAGAAGACAGUGGAUAUGAUGAAGCUACAGAAAAAAUUUAUGUAUACAGAAGCAGAAAAACUUGAAGCUCAAGUUGUGGAGCUCCCUUACAAGGGAGACCAGUUAAGCAUGGUGAUCAUCUUGCCGAAGGAGAACAAUGGUCUUAAGAAACUAGAAACAAAGCUUGUCGGUUUGAAUCUACCUGAUAUUCUGAACAAAAUGCGUAAAGUUGAAGUGAAUCUCUACUUACCCAAAUUCAAGAUGGAACACAAAAUAGAUUUGAAUGACAGUUUGAAGAAACUGGGUAUGAAGACUAUGUUUGAUGGAAAUAAUGCAGAUUUUACUGGUAUCAAUGACUCAAAACCAGGCCUUGUUGUUAGCAAGGUCUUACACAAAGCUUUCAUAGAAGUGAAUGAGGAAGGCACUGAAGCUGCAGCAGCAACUGGUGUUGCAUUUGUAAUGUGCUGUGGAAUUAUGAAUCCACCACCUCCAGUUGUGUUCAAAGCUGACCACCCAUUCCUGUUUCUUCUCAUAAAUAGGGUUCACCAAGCUAUCCUUUUUGUUGGAAGAGUUCAUGAUUUAGCAUCAAGCAAUAGCCCUCAUGAAGAGACUUGUGGUUAAAUGGAAGAAGGACCUCUUCAAUUCUGUUUCUCAGCAAUGUAAUUGAUGAUAUGCUAGGAUAGUGUUGCAUCAGUGUUGUUACUUUAGUGGUUAUCAAAUACUAAUCAACUUGUUCUUUGACACACUCUUGGUUUAUUCAAUACUUGAAAUGUUUCAUAACAAGAAAUGUAACAGUUGUGUAAGAAAGAGUACACACAGCUUU